CUGGGAAUGUCAGUGACAACACCUGCACACACACGGCCAACCAAGAUUCGUCGCCAAGUUGGAAUGUGAUGUUUGACCGUCCUCAAGCUGUCUACAGAUUUCUUUUGUAUAACAGAUUUUUUAAUGGUCAGGAUGUGGUUGGUUUUUUUUCCUCCAAUAUUUGAUGUCUUUUUAUUCAAUCUUGAACACGCUAUGUGAUAAUAAAAAUUGUAUGUUUUAAAACUCUAGCAUGAUCUAAUUUUCACUAUUGUAGCAAUGUUUAGUUUAGAAAUAGUGGUUUUAUCAUCAACUGCAAAACCCUACCCCACCAUUUUUAUGACGAACUGUAUGUUAAGGGGAAAGAGGGAAAACUAAUAUGUUCUUAUUUUUAAAUGAAAAUCUAAACGAUAAAUUUCACGUGAUUAAUAACAUCGGAUUUCGAGAUAUUACUAGUCUAAAAAAGCAUGUGCCCAUCCUGUCAGUGACAUACCUUGACUAAGUGUGGACAGAAGAGGACUCCCAAACAUAACCCAAUUAUUUAUUAAAGAGCAAUAAUAAAACUAAACCUUAAUAAUGUCUUAUUGGCGUAGACGUCCUCUUCGCCACCCUCCAGGUACACCACUGCACACAUGUACCCGCCUUAUUUUAUUUUUUUUUAAAUUAUCUUUACACUUAUUACCUUCUACGGAAAUAUCAUGAAGCAAUUCAUGUGUAAAGUAAAUCUACAAUUUUAAUAACUUCAUCUCAAUAUUUUUUAAAAGUUUUUUCAAAGGUAUAAAUACAGUCAUGUUUAAUUUGCGUCCGUAACAAAAUAAUCAUUUAUUUAUUAGUCUGCGCACUUGUUGAAGAUAGGUUUUGUAACACGGAACCAAUAUUUGAAUUAUAGCGAUAACUCUCAAAUUUAAGUUUGUUUUUUUUUAAAUUUACAGCUAUGAACAGUAAAUAUAAUAUGACAAUGCCAAAUGUGGUGUUAAACAAAUGUGAGCUUUUAUAUGAUGUUGGGAAUAAAUAAAAUAAAGUUUAUUUUCCUUGACAUUUUUCAAAACUUAACUAUAUUCAAUUCAAAUAAAACGUGCCAAAGUGUCCUCGUUUUAUAGCCAUUUUAAUUGUUUCUAUAGUAUAGUAGUUACUAUCCUAGUGUCUCAUUUUUAUUUUACUUAGUUUACAUGUUUUUAAUAAUUGUAAAGCGCUUAGAGCUUUAAGGUAAGCGAUAUAUAAAAAAUGCCUAAAUAAAUAAAUAAAUAAAUAAUAAAUGCAUAUUUAUAAAAACUUGUUUUUUUUCCAUUACUUAAAAUAAAAAUCCAUACCUUUUGGAAAAGCUCAAAUACUGCAGAAUGUAUGUUUCUAUGGGUUGAAAUAUGUUGUCUUUACUUCCUCAUUACUUAUUUUAUUUUGUUCUUUCAAUCCUCUAGAUUGCCUUGAUUUAUCCUGUUCCCAGCGAUUGAACCAUUUUAUUCUUCAAAGUUUUGAUUCCAACAACAACGCAAUAUUGAAUUACCAAGACCCAACAGAAACAGUUUUGUUGGUGUACACAGUAACGGUACCAGGCCACCUCAGGGACUUACCCGUCAGCAGAGUACACAUUAAAGCCACAGUGAAAGUCAACUCCGACACAUACCCGAUUCUAGCAAUUUGUGAAUUUGAAGCCUAUGGUGGUAAUUGACUUAGGCUUACUGCUCUGUGAUAUUUUCGAGUUCACAUUCCAUUGGUAUUUUAAAUAUAAUGCAGCGAUUGAAUGGAAAUCAUGGCAUACAUGUAAAACAUCGUCCCUUAUCUAUUUUGCUUCAUUUAUCAGAAAUAAGAUAUGACUGAAAAACGUUAUGUUUAACGUGGUAUCUAACUAUAACAGUUAGUAAAUCAACGUUGGUGUUUUGUAAAAUAACUAAAGUAUAGUUAAGUAACCAAUGAGAUCAAAUUCAGACAUAUCUACAAAAUUAAAUGCUCAAGGAUUUCGUGUUUUUCUUCUUCUUCUUUUUUGGAUUAUUUCUUUUUAUAAAGCUCCCUUAAGGGACUACUUAUUAUAAGGGAUUUACUUAUGUACAAUGAUUGUUACUUUAAUUUUUAACUUCUAGAAUGCGCUCCUGGAACAUGGGGUCUAGAAUGUAACAACCAAUGUAACAGCAGCUGUAA